CCAUCCACCCCCCCCCCGCCCCGCCCCGCCGGGCACCGACCGCCGCCGCACAAAGGAACCGGGGGCAGCCGCGGUGUGAUGCCCCGCGGGGUCGCCGCGCCGGCCCAGCUCAGCCGCGCCGGGUGGAUUUGGGGUUAAUUAAUUUUUUUUUUUUUUUUCUUCUUCUUCUCCCCGGAUAUUUUUUUCGCUCUUCCUAUUCCCCGCCCCUUUCCCCGCGGUGCUCCCCGCCGUCCCCCCCGCCCCGGGGCCGGGAGCCGCACGCUGGCCGCGCACGGGGCGGGGCGGGCCGCCGGCGGGGCGCGGGGCCGGGCGGGCGCCGCCGCUGCUGCUGCGCGGCCCGGGGGGGCGGCCCGGCGCGCCCCGCAACGCAGCGCCCGCAGCCGGCCCGGAUCCAGCUCUGACGGGCACGGGGCGGCAGCGCCCGCAGGGAAGCCCGGACCAUGCUGGCCUGCCUGCAGAGGACCCAGAACCCCCCAGCCCAGCACCUCCCCUGCCCCAGCAAGGCGCUGGAGCCACGCAAGUGCGAGACGGCCCCCAUGCAUUCCCCGCGCUACCCCAGCCCCGCCGAGCUGGACGCCUACGCACAGAAGGUGGCCAACAGCCCGCUGACCAUCAAGAUCUUCCCCACCAACAUCAGGGUCCCCCAGCACAAGCACCUUAACCGGACGGUGAACGGCUACGACACCACGGGGCAGCGGUACAGCCCCUACCCCCUGCACGCCGGCGGCUACCAGGGGCUGCUGGCCAUUGUCAAAGCCUCCGGCAAAAGCGUGGUGAAGAACUCGGAGGGGAAGCGGACUAAGCUCUCGCCCGCCCAGGUGGGCGUCGCUCCCUACCCCGCCUCAAGCACUUUAGCUCAAGGUCCCUCCUGCGCCGCCGGGCAGCUGAGCUACCACGGCGGCCAGAAGCAGCUGGAGGGUCCCGUGCCCCCCAACGUGACGGUGGCGGCCUCGGUGCUGCCGCUGGCGGGCAGGAGCCUGGCCCUGCCGCCCUCCAACCUGCCCUCCAUCCAGAGCAUCAUCUACCAGAUCAAUCAGCAGUGCCAGGCGCAGGGUGCCCAGCCCGGCUGCCCGGCCGUCGUGGCCGCCCACCCCAGCCCGGCCAAGCACGGCGCCGCCUUUGGCCCCGGCUACGGCGGCACCGUCCUGCCCGAGUGCCGCAAGGGCGCCGAGCUGGCGCUGGGCUCCAACCCAGCCCUGGGACCCAAGGCGGGCGUUUACCCCGAGGGCAUGGACUACCUGGUGUGGCAGCAGAAGCAGCAGCAGCAGCACCUGCGAAUGUACAGCGGGGGCAGCGGCGGCGGAGGGGCUCUCAGCAAGUCCCCCGAGACGUGCGCGGGCGCCUCGCGGCCCUACGGGCUGGGUGGUGGUGCCACCGCUGACAAGGUGAGCUCGUCCCCCUUGAACUGCAUGCACGGCAACUUCGCAGUGGGGCAGUACUUUGCUCCCCCCUGGAACAGCAUCCUGGUGACCCCCAACAGCGACUGUUACAACCCGCCGGAGCUGGGGGCCGGCCCCCGCGAGCUGGGGGUGCCCCCGGCCGAGGGGCUGCCCAGCAAGAGCCUCUGCAAUACCUCCAUCCUCAGCAGCAGCCUCCAGUCCCUGGAGUAUCUCAUCAACGACAUCCACCCACCCUGCAUCAAGGAGCAGAUGCUGGGCAAGGGUUACGAGACCGUGUCUGUGCCAAGGCUCUUGGACCACCAGCACGCCCACAUCCGCCUGCCCGUCUACAGAUAAGGGAGCGAUGCUGCUCUUCCCAAACCCAGGGCGAGGACUUGGCGCCAGCCGCGGGUACCGGACCGCGACAGCGAGGGCGGGGGGACAGGGAGGGGGACGGGGGGUCGGCUGCCGAAAGGGCUCCGGGGACACCGGGGUCCCCAGACUGGACACAGCCGUGACCCGCUGGAAGCUGAGGCCGAAGGACCGCUUGUCUAUAUAGCUCAGAAAUCAUUUUAUCUCCACGAAUGUGAACAGGGAAUUGCUACGAGUUGCUGCUAUCCAGGGAGGGGAGGCUCUGCCAUGCUGGCGGUUCCCAGAGCGGGGCAGAGCCCGCUGGGGUCGUGGCCGGCCGGGAGGCUCCAGGGUGGCCAGUGCUGACCUGGCAGCUGUCCCCGAGGUUCCACUGUGGCCUGUCCUGGCACAGCAGUGGCUGGGAGGCUCCGUGGUGCCCAGUGCCAGCCUAGUGGUGGCCGGUCCCAGCCCGGCCGUGGCCACAGGGAGAUGGCGCCUGACCUGUAGCUGAAGUCCGUAACUUGCACUGCUUUGAUUAAAGCUAAUAACUGGGGACAGUCUGGAGGCUAUUUAAGAAAAACACUUGAAAACUUGAACAGAUUUUUUUUGUUUUUUUAAUUUUAUUUUUUUUUUAGUUAACUAGGCUGUACAUCUACGUGUUGGCUGCUACAGAGUCUCCUCCCACCCCUCUUCCUCCUCAUCCUCGUCCCCUCACCCGGCCCCACAGUGGCCACGGCUCCUAUAACCAGGAGAUUUGGGACCCCCUCAGCCCUUCUCUCCUGGGAAUCGCCGGCUCUCACACUUCCAGGCUGUUUUAUUUCCCCCCUUACUGUCAGUUCUACCUUGGUUCUGGGUCGCGGUACUGGGGCGCUCACAUACCUCCUUUUUUUUUUUUUUUUUUCUCUUUUUUUUUUUUUUAAAAAAACCCCAACAAUUCCAAAAUUCUCAUUAUGGUCCGUUAUUCACUCUGUGUAAUUCUGUGUUUAAUAGAUUUGUUCAUUUACAAAAAGCUCCUCACUACAAAAUACAAAGUGUUUUGAUGUUUAAAGGUAAAAGAAGAAUAAUAUCCCGAUGAAACCCAAGGUGAUUGUGCUCGGAAAAGAGGUACUGUAUCCCUGAAAGCCUGUUCAAGCACUAAGUGCAUUUACAAAUCUCUGAGAAUGUUUUUUUUUUAUACUAAAAUUGACCAUUAUAUUCUACUGUGAGAAGUGCUGGCUGCACUAUAUUGUUUUAAAAAUGAGAAAACAAAAUGAAAAAAAAAAAAAGAAAAAAAAAAAGAAAAAAAAAACCAACACAAAACCCGCAAGCCGUGUGUCCGGAUGGUGUUUUUCCCAAAGUAAAACCAGGAUCUCGCUGGA